AUGAAUACAAGUUCAGUCUUGGAUGAAAACGUAUCGCAAUGGUGUAAUGGACACUAUGAGUUGAUUUAUUCCUGUUUGCUUCAAUUGGAUAAGUUAAGGAAGUUCAAAAAAUCGGAGAAUCAGAGUAAAGAUGAUAAAACUGGGUUUAUCCAUAGGUUUUGGAAUAAGUUCAGAUCUAUCGAGGAAAAGGUCUCAGAGACGAAACAUCUAGGACAAGAUAAGGAUGUAGAAUCCGAUGUUUCUGAUGGUUUGGAAUCAUUCUAUGACAGCGAUGUAGAUAUCAACUCUAUCCCAUUGGAAGCGCUGAAAGCAGCUGUAAAGGAUUCAAUUUCUAAAUCUCUAUUUCAUAAACCCAGAUUAAUACCGAAACGACGUUUGUCUCUAAAUAGUACGGACUUGACCAAUUAUGUAAAAUCCAGGUUUGAGGACUUACUUGACAAUGUGGACAAUAUUGAUCACUUUAGCCAGUUGGCUAAUGUUGAUCAGUAUUUGUGUUGUGAACUAUUAUAUGAGGGUAUUUGUUACUAUGGUGUGGAGGAGGCGCAAAAGAUGGCUGAGUUUGCCAUUGUUGAAAAUAUGUUAUUUAGACAGUCAAGAUUUCAACUAAGGUCUAUUAUCAAGCUCUUUUCAUUCGUCAAUAUUUCCCCUGAUAGUGAGUACAUACCAGAUACAGUUUUCCCAGAGGCUUUAGAGAUCUUAAAGAGUAUUAUAUCCGGAGGACUUAUUAGAAACAUCUGCAUGCUAAUUCUUGGUACAAUAAAGGAGGCCUCAAGAUAUAGGUCACUUUUGGUAGAUUCAGAGGAUAAGACAUUUGAUUUGUUGCAUGAUAAUGCAAUAGAUCUUAUGAAUACUACGUUGGAAAUUUUACACUUGUAUUUUUGGAAAUUUCAAGCGACUGAAGAUGACAUUAGUUGUGUAAUGUCACUCGUGCCACACUUAUUAGAUCUCUAUGAGGUCUUUAAUUUGUCAGAAUUUUCGAGCACUCUUUCAACAUUAUUCAAGGGAUAUGAAGACGAACACCUAUCAUCAUUGUAUCCUCCAUCACUAGGAGUUGCAUCAUUGUGGCCAAGUGUCAAGGAGUUUGACGAUUCUUCAAAUUCACUCAACCUAUCCAAGAAGUUCUCACUUAUGUUAAUAGAGAUUUUUAAUCCGGGAAUUUAUAGGUUUGAUAGUGCCAUGAAGAUUUCCACACUAGUUAAUACGAAUUUUGUAGAGAAGCUCAAAAAACCCCCGUUUAGAAAGUACAAUGACAUUGACCUAAUUUUGGAUUUUGUGAUAAACGGAGUAUUUUUAAAGGAUUUAAACAAGAUUAUAGCACAUGUGGAUGCAGGUAUUUUUGGAAAGAUGCGUGACUUUGUUGACACAAUCGAUGACCCAUUCAAGAGGAGUUGUUCAAACACUAUAAAGAUGGUACUUGAACAUUUAUUUUUUCAUAAUGGAUCACUGGGGGAGCACUGGUUUUCUGUACUUGAUUAUGAAAUAAAAUGUAAACACACUUGUGUGGAUCUUUCUAGAUGUCCAAGAAAGGAUUCUUUAGAUGAAUCCAUUUAUAGAGAGCCAGGGAAAUCUUUGAUAGAAAUCAUGGAGCUAAUUUCGAAAUUGGGCAUACGCACGUGCGAGGAUAUAGCGUUUUCUGUCUGGAGAAGUUGUGCUGAGUCUUACAAAUCGGUAGUCCCAAAGCCUCAGUGUUUGGUUUACAAGUGUAGAAAUUCUGACUUUGAGGGGGUAAAGGUUGAUGAUAAAAUGUUUGAGAGAUUGACUACCCCAGAGAAUGGCUUUUGCUGGUGGGAGCGCAACAACACACUUCUAGAGUUGGUAGCUACCGCUUCUGAUACCAUGGAUACUUUUGUUGAGACAUACCCAAAGUUGUUAACUUGUAUACUAGAAUUUGGUUUGUUAGUAGCCUCUAACUCUCACAGUCAUUAUACUAGGAAAUCUGUUGGAAAUUUUUUGAGUUCUGGUGCCUCUAGGGAUUUACAGUUCCCAUUUUUACUGGAAAGGGUAGUGUUACAAAUCAAGAGUUUGGCAAAUGGAUGCUUUGAUAGAUUACCAGAUCUUAUUUACGAAAGAAUCAUUGCCAGAGAUGACCAAAUUGAAACUGCUGAAGCAGCCAUACAAAUUGCAUCUUCAAUUCCCUCGAAAUUUCCACGGAAGUUACCUCUGGAUGGAUCAUGUCUGACUAAGCUAUAUACAUUUCCUUUGAUUCACAGCCCAAAUGAGGUUAAGGUAGCCUUAUGUUCGUUGGGGUUGGGGGGAAAUUUUCCGUUUGGUCUAUUUGAUACAGCUUCUGCAGCAUUCAAGUUGGUUUCUGUUUGCAAUCCGAUACCACAGCAACUUACCAACACAGAUAUGGGCUUAGAUACACACUUAUCUCUGAAUGUAUGCUUAGAAACUGGAGAUAGGGGGGUAGAUUUGAAGUUUUUGGACAUGUUAUUCAGCAUUUUAUCCAGAAAAUUCAUAAAGGGAUCUGAAAAGAUGAUUUCUUCGGCACUUGAAGGCCUAUGUUCUGUACACAUUUGCAAUUCUAAGAAUACUGUUUCUGCACUUGAGAAAAUUUCAGAGUUACUUUAUGAUGAUAAAUCCGCACUUGGCCGUUUAAAGAAUGGUCUUGGAGUUCCCGAAUUAGUUUCACUUAUGAGGAGUUUAACAAAUCUUUUGCUUUUUUUGCCCAAAAAUGAUAGAUUUAAGAUCACUAAUUUUGACUGGCUCUAUAAAUUAGUCAAAAUUUCCCUUAGUGUCCUAGACUUAUACUGUUUACAUAAUGCAGAGGUAGAUUGGUCACUAGUAUACGCUGUAAUGGAAUUUUUGUUAUUAGUAUCAAAAGGACCUAUAGCAUCUCGAAAUUCUAGUAAAGCCACGGAACAUCUUUUGGAGCAAUUUUUAAUUCCUGGUAGUACAUUGGCUAUUGCAGUGGUAAGAGCCGCAAAAGAUGCAAAAAUUUUGCCUGCCAUAUCAUUGAUUUGUGUCAUUUUCAAAAGAGAUAUAUUACUCAUCGUUGCACACCGCACUGCAUUAUUUUUGUCCAACAAUAAGGGAGGUACAUGUCCAAGUUGCAAUAAACUCUCACAGUGUUCGGAGUUGAAGCGCAAACAGGAAACUCAGGAAACAAACACUUUGGAUUGGUUACCACUUAAAAUUAAGAAGCUAAGCGACAUACUAUCUUUCUACCCCAGAAAUAGACCGAUUGAUGAAGAAACUUGUGAAUGUAUAAAUAUUGAUAUGCAUCCAAUAUCAUUGCAAAUGGCACAUGAUGCUAUUAUGGAGGCAUUGGCAUCUCUCCGUGACAAAAAUGAUGCUUUAACGUUUAAUAGAAGGUGUGAUUUUAUAGGAUCAUUAGAAUAUAGGAUAGGAUAUGAGACAAGAAUAAGGUCCUUAUUUAUACUUAUACAAAUGGUAGAAAGAAUAGGAAUAGACUCUCUAUUUUUGUCUGAUAAUGUAGUUUCAGAAUUGCAACGUGUAUUUAAUGUAGUACGAUCGUGUAAGGAAUAUCCGGAAUUUAUAAAUGAUACUGAUAUGGAAUCUGAGGAUUUAAUCCUUUACAACAAACUUUCAGUUGUGAAUAAUAGCAUGAAUUACAAUAUGGAAAUAGAAAAUAUCUUUUUUUCAUUUGGUCACUUGACUGAUUUAAAUAGACAUGGUUAUGAUGACCUAUUUUACCAUCUUUUAUAUCGUUGUUCCAUAAAGGAUUUCUGUCAUAGAUUAGGACAAAAUAUUGCUGAAAGUAUAAUUGGCAGUGACUCAAAUAUAAUUAGUUUAAUAAAGUUAUGUAGAGAUGGGGAUGUGUGGUAUUUUGAUGAUUGGAAAAGGAUAGAUGCAUUUUAUUCACUAAUAUCGUUUGUUAAGAAGGUACCAAGAGUCAGAAAACUAGUUUUAAAACAUUGGCCCAAUAUAACUUCCGAUGUUCACAAAAUUGGAUUAUCUGCACUGGAUUACAAUGCGUUUAUAGUCCAAGCACUGAGACUAUCAAAUACCAUCCAUCUUCUAUCGGUUAUUUAUGAAAAUAGUGAUUUUAACAUCAGCUUUAACGAUGAUAUGCUCCUUUAUGUAAAAUUGUGUUUGAGUAUUAUAAAGAUAACUUGUGAUACUCAAACUAGGAUUUAUGCGUCAUUAUUGAAUAACUUAGGAGAAAAGCUCACUAAAAAGGAUGACAGUGAUCUGAAACUGUUUUUGAACUGUUGGCAAAGCUGUGGAUUUUCUAAACACAUUUAUGAGAUUUUUCCAAUGCGUAUCUGCACUAAAAUUUUGAAUAAGACCUCUGCAGAGUCAUUUGGUAUUGAUAAAGAGUAUGUAGACACUUCCGCAUUAUAUAAUAUAUUCACUUGUUCUUCUGCCUCACUUUUGGCAUCAUUGGUAAAUUUCAUAUCGCAAUGUUAUAAAUUCAAGAUAAAAGAUAUAGAAAAUUUGUCCAGAAAUUGGCUCGAAUUGGCUUCAGUAGAAUUCAACCCAGAUGAGCGUUCUGAACUGAAGUUAACCUUGCAGAUUACGCUGAUAAAAAAACUGGCCAAUGUUUGGAUUAAAACUAACGUUGGACAAAAGCAUGAUGACGCGCUUUUUUCAGUUUCUAUAGUCUUGAAACUUGUUACGUUUGUUCUGACAAGAAGGACAUCUACACAUCUUAGGUCGAAGGUAUACUCUUGUGUGAAUUUAUUGCUUUCCAACAAGUCUACUAGGAUUAAAAUAGCUGAAUUACUGGUGGCACAUCUUCUUUCUCAGAUGUUUAAUUUCAGUAAUACAUCAUCAAAUAAUAGACUUUUACAAUUGUUAUUUUCUGAUGCCUCGUUUUCACAUCUAGCAUCUGAGAAAAACCAAGAUGACUCACAUGAAAAAUCUCCGGAUCUUUAUUGCAUGGGUAUUAAAACUAACAACUAUAUUUACAAGGAUUUUAGUUCGAUAAUACUUGGGGAAGAUUAUUCUGCCUUUAGCACCAAAGUGUUAGCAGGGAAAUCGCAGGGAGAAAUCCUAGAGCUUGGUUAUAUCUUAAGUAAUGAGAAUUUUCACAUAUCGAUAGAUGGUUCGAGUGUGGACUGUAGACUUGAGGCUUUGAAGUUGCUAUCAUCAAUAUUGUUGGCCAUUCGUAGGUUUGAAGCAUCAUCUAUAGAAUAUGAUACUGGAACACUUAAUUAUGGAUCGUUAGGUGCAUUAUCAUUAAAGCAGAUAUCACUUGUUAUACAGAACAGAUUGGUUCGGAAAGAAUAUUGUAAGAAGUGUCAAUUACAUCCUCCUUACUGUCCUUUAUGUUUGGAUCUUGUCACCGGGUCGGUGAGUGUUUUAGAAUCGGCUUCAAAACUCCAUCAAUUUUCCUCCUUUUGGUUCCACACGAAUCCAAUUCUCUCUGUAUCUCUGUCAGACUCUCUUCUAUUGUGCGAUACACUUGUACGAUACACUGAUUUUUCUGAAAAACUUCCAGUAAAUCUGGUUCUCCAAUUUAUGGUGAUUUUGGAGCAUUUUUUGAACUCACCAUCAAUAAAGACGAAAAACAAAAUUGUCUCUUGGCUGAAUAGACACAGUGAACUUUUGUCCUCUUUUAUUACUAAAACGAUUGAAACUGGUUUAACGACAGAAGUUGUAACCUUUAUAUCUUCAUUCCUUAGGGUCUACAGGAUUUCAUUGUUGUGGCUUCUGUCAGAAUAUAGAAGUGUAGAGAUCAAAGAGACAUACAAGGACAACUUCAGUUUGGUGUUGGCAGAACUAAAUUGCAAGUUCCCAUUAGCUAUAAGUGUACCAAAGCUUAUUCCAGAUUUACUUGGAGCAUUAACUUCAAAUAUAGAUGGUGCAUCGGAACAAUCUUGGUUAUGUAUAUUAUUAUCCUUGCAAACUUUUUUUCCGGAGCUUGGAGCUUUCGAAAUUAAUUUUGAUGUUUCAACUCAGAUUCCAAUAAAGAUUCUUGCACUGGAGCGUUGUGGAGUUAUAUUUACCGUGUUAAACACCUGUGGAAACUCUUUGGUAAAUUUUAUAAGAUAUCUGGGUUCAGCGGAUCAGAGCUUAGUUAGACACGAAAUACACAGGCUUGCACUUCGUGUAAUGACUAUUGAUUGUUUGCUCGUUCUUCUAGAGUACAUUUUUUCUUUGGUAGUUGAUAAAAAUUGUGUAAAUUCUAAGGACAUUGCAAAUAUUGCAUCUGGGCUUGUUGAAAGAAAAACGGAACACUUAAGUGGUUUGGUACCAAAACUAUAUAGUACAAACGUAGAAAAUAUUACACACGUUCUCGAUCAACUGGCACAGGUUUGCAAAAACAAUGGAGCCUCUUUGACGGAUAAGUUGCAUGGAGGAAAACACUCAAUUGUUGGUGCCUCUCUGGAAUUUUUGCAUCCGCAUGAAUUAGAACAUGUCCCAUCAUUAGGAAGCACACACGAGGCUACAUAUUCUUAUAGAUCGCUUCUCGUCACGCUAUUUUCUAGCGUAUGCAAUCUGGCUGUGAUUCUAGAAAAACACUAUGGUUGCAAGUUUAUAUCACACGCUAUAAACAACGAGAUUCACCUUGAAAAUAAUGGCUUAUAG